AUGUCGAGGAGACACGACAUCCGUGGGAUUGACCACGACGCGGGCUACGUGCUGGACGAGGAGUUUGAGGAGUUGAGCGCGGGGAGCUCGGACGGAGAGGAUGAGCUGGACGUCCUGCUGCACGGGACGCCCAAUCAGAAGAGACGUCUGAUCCGACACGCGCUGAGCGGGGACGAGGGGGAGUCCAGUGAAUCAGAGGACGACUUUGAAAAGCAGAUGAACAAAGAACUGGAUGAUGGGAUGACGUCAAAGGAAACAGAGAUGUUGCAGAUGUUUGAACAACAGAUGGCUUCAACUUCUGCAACUGGAGGUCAGGGUCCAGGUCAAGGGUCAGGUCAGGGGUCAGUUGCUGGAGGGAAAACAGCAGCUGCCGGCAAGGCUACACAGCAGACAGUGGCAGACGAGUUUUAUAACGACAUCUACUUCGAUAGUGAUGAGGACAGUGACAACGAACAGCCACAAGAUGUGUCUCAUGGGGUGAAAGGUCAUGACGUUAAAAGUCAGGAGGCCAACCUGGGGUCAGAUGGACAGAGCAUGGCACAGAGUGAUGUAACAGAUGAGAGUACCGACAGCGAGGCUGUGGGGGCUGAUGGGAAGGGGAAGAAACGCAGGAAGAAGCACCGAGUGAUGACAAAUGAUGAGCUGUUUUAUGACCCAAACAUGGACGCCGACGAUGAGAAAUGGAUGACACGACAGCGGGAGAAAUACCGGGCCAUCAACGAGCAGAAGGCAAGUUCAGGCGCGGGACCGAGCGCAGGCAAGCCUAAGGCACAACCAGCACCAAACAGUGACGCGAUUCUCAACUGUCCGGCUUGUAUGACCACCCUGUGUAUCGACUGCCAGCGCCAUGACCUGUACCAGACCCAGUACCGCGCUAUGUUUGUACUCAACUGUAACGUCAUCCGUGCCGAGCGUCUCAGGUACCCUAAGAAGAACAGGGGGAGUAAGAAGCAGAAGAAGGGUGUGGAAAGGUUGGAGGCAGCAGAACCUGGUGCAGAUGGGGACGACAUCUACCAUCCCGUCAAGUGUGGCGUCUGCAGCACAGAAGUGGCCGUGUACGACAAGGAAGAAAUCUUUCACUUCUUCAAUGUGCUUGCAAGUCACUCAUAA